AUGAGUAUCAAAGACAAGGUCGCUAUAGUAACGGGUGCCGCCCAGGGGCUUGGUCGAGAGUUCUGUGAAAUGUUGCUACGCAACGGCGCAAAGGUGGUACUCACAGACCUAAACAAGGAUCAGGGCACGCGAGCCGUGUCAGAGCUGAGGAAGAUCUACGGCCUUCACAAGACCAUGUUUAUACAGUGUGACGUCACCAGUCAGGCCCAGAUGAACGAGAUGUUUAAGACCGUCAAGGAACAAUAUGGCCGACCGGAAAUUGUGAUCAACAAUGCUGGGGUGGGGUUUGAGAUGGGGCAACUGUGGGAGAAAACUGUCGAUGUUAACGUGAAAGGGACCAUCCGCUGCACGAUGCUAGCCAUGGAGUACAUGAGGCGGGACAGUGGUGGCGCUGGAGGGGUCAUCGUCAACAUCGCUUCAGUUGCAGGAAUCAACCCCAACCCGUGUGGGCCGGUCUAUGGGGCCACCAAGAGUGCGAUCAUCCUCUUCUCUCAAGCCUGGGCGAAAAACCCAGAGCUACUUUCCAAUGGUGUACGAAUUAACGUUUUGGCCCCAGCUUUCGUAGAAACGGACCUGCUGGCCAAACUGGCAGACAAGACCACCAUUCAUGCCCCAGAGAUCGCAGAGCAAAUCAUUGACCGGGUGGGUGUCCUGAGACCGGAAACUGUAGCCGAGGCUCUCCUUGACCUAAUCAACGAUCAGACGAAGAACGGCGCCAUCUUGACAAUCUCCAAAAACACCGGGAAACGAUACUACACUGUUUAA